UGACAGUCGGAUGCUCCAUCCACUACACCACACAGACGCCACUUGUGUACUACUAAGUUAAUGUACUUAAAUAAUUUUAAAAUAGAUUUGUAAUAGGCAAAAAAGGGUGAUGUCUUCCACAUGAUUUGCUUGGUGUGGCCCAAGCGCGUAUGUCAAAUUGAGAGCUUGACCUUUGUGUGUGCAAAUUUGUGUUCAGUAAAUGAGGAAACUUCCUUGUAAUUUACAGCCAGGUACCCCGAAGACAUGCCCCUGUUUACGGAAUUGAGUUAUGAUGACGUCCUAUGACUAUCGUGUAUCACGACUGUAUCCGGCCUGCUGCUGGUGGUGACUUGAGAUGAAUUGGAUGGAGAAACAACUUCACACUUGUAUAGUUGGAAGGUCUUUGGACGGGACAUGAAGCCAGGGGGCCGUGGGGCCGGAUAUGAGUCUACUGGGAUGGCGGGUCAAACUACACCAGGAACUAGCCUUCAAAAACAGCAGCAGGAAGAAAUGACGGAGGGUUGGGACGUUCUCUGGGACCCCCCUUUGGAGCCCAAAUACGAGUGUCCCAUCUGCCUCAUGGGCCUGAGGGAACCGGUCCAGACCAACUGUGGACACCGCUUCUGCAGAUACUGUAUACUCAAAUCUAUCAGGGAUGCAGGAGCCAGGUGUCCUGUGGAUAAUUCCCCCCUGACUGAGGAGCAGAUCUUCCCAGACAACUUUGCCAAACGGGAGAUCCUCGCCCUCAGAGUCAAGUGUUCCAACAAGGGCUGCAAGGAGAAGAUGGAACUCAUUGGUCUGGAUAACCACCUAAGCACCUGUAACUUUGCCUUUGUGCGUUGCCCGCUGGAGUGUGGAGACACCUUCUGGAGAAAGGACAUCCCCGAACACCUGGACAAUGACUGUCCCAGACGUCUGGUCAAGUGUGAGCACUGCUUCAAGGAGAUACCAUUUGAUCAACAGGAGAGCCACAUGGAAGAGUGUCCCAACGUUGUGCGCCCCUGUGAGUUUUGCCAACAACAGCUGACCAAUGAACAGAUGGCCCGUCAUGUUGAGAAUGAGUGUCCCAGAGCCCUGGUGCUGUGUAUCUUUAGUGCUGUAGGCUGCAAUGUUGAGAAGAUGGAGAGACGUAACCUUUCAGAACACUUACAAGAGUUCACACAGGUGCAUCUAAGACUCCUGCUAAACGCUCUCCAGACUCUGAAAGACUCACGGUUCACCCAUCGUCCGGGUAACCAUUCCGAUCCUCUGUCCCUUCCCGCGAGAAUGCAAGACGUUACAUACGAGCACAGACACAACCUUCCGCUGACGCACGAGCAGCAGCAAAUGCUCGUCCUUCCUCCCGGACAUAUGGCGGUCGCCACUCCGGUUUCACCAUUGCCAAUCGGUUCCGAGCUGCCACAGGGCGGCGACGGCAUCGCAAAACUCAGCCACAGCCUGCAGCAGCUGGUCAUGCCCAACAGGCCCUUCCAACCACGGCUAGGAGAGACCACCUGGUCAUCGGCUGAAGAUUAUCUUGAGCCCGUGACGUGCGCAAGUCCGUAUCCAGGAGUGAUGACGAGUCCUUUCACUGCUGCGGCUGCCGCGGGUGGCGCACAUGCGUACGCUCACCUAGAGGGGAGCAGUGGCUACCGGACAGGUGACCCCUCUUCCGUGGGCACAUCCUCGCGAGAUAUGGACAGCGGCAACCCGAGAUCUGAGGACAGCUCCAUGGCUGACGCGAGAACGCUUCGAACCAAGGUGCACAACCAGGAGGCGAAGAUCGUGGAGCAGCAGCACUACAUCCGAGAACUGGAACUCAAACUCGGGUCCCUCCAGCAGAAAUAUUUCGAGCUGGACGAGAGGACGAAAGAGAGGAUGUGUAACGGCACGUUUAUCUGGCGCAUCAAGGAGUACUCAAAACUGCGACAGCAGGCAGUCAAGGGAGAGGCAACGGUGCGGCACAGUUCAGGUUUUUAUACGAGUUACUACGGAUAUAAGCUAUGCGUGAGAGUGAACCUAAAUGGCGUAGACUCCGCACACGGGACACACAUAUCUCUCUUCAUCCAUUUCAUGAUGGGCGAAAAUGACGACAUCUUGGAAUGGCCGUUCCAGGGAAAAAUCACUCUCUCCAUCGUCGAUCAGAACAGUAACCCAGCACAGCAACCCAAACACAUCACUGAGACCCUCGUAGCAAAGCCGAGCUACGCGGCGUUUCAACGUCCAACGACACUACGCAACCACAAGGGUUUUGGUUACAUGGAGUUUGCCCUCUUACGCAGUCUAGAGAAUGGUCAGUACAUUAAGAACGACACCCUCAUUAUCAAGUGUAUGGUACAGCCACAAUAGAGAUGCAGAAAAGAGCAUGUUGAGUGCUCUUGUGUUUUGAUAGCUUGACAGUUUUGAGGAAAGAAGAGAAUCCGAUUGCAAAGUUCGAGCAAACUAUCCAGUGUCGCGAUGGUAUUUGAGAGCUGAAGUAUGAUUGUGUUGCCAUCUGACAGCCAACAUCAUUCCAGACCUUUACAUUCACUCUGAUGCAGCGGUAAGAAAGAGAGAGGGGAGCUGGAGAGAUCUUGUUGUGACUUCAGCCUCCCUACUCCAAUAAAAAAAAACCUGUAGCUUGGUACCAUGCAAAUUAAAGUGGAUUGAUAUAUAUGGUCGUUGGAGGAACUGAAAGUCAAUAACGACUAACAAAGACUGACCCGUUAUUGAAGCAAAAUAAUUAUUAUGCUAAAACAAAUUAACUACUGCCAAUUGAAGGUGAAUCAUCAGCUGCCACUGCUGGAGGUGCUGCAACAGCACCAUCUAGCAGAAUAAUGUGGAAGUGCAGGACAUUGCAUGGAUCUUUCAUUGUUUCAAGUUAUACAAAUGUACAUUACAGAGAUGAAAACUAUCUUUUUCCAUAAUAUGAAUUCAUUAUUAUUGCCAUGCAAAUUUUGUGUUCAGAUGUGAUACAUGAUCACUAUAAUGUAAAAAAUUCUAAUAUUCAACAUUGACUUAUAAUUAUCUCUAUUAAUAUUUUUCCUGUCCCCUUUAUUUUUUUUAUUUUCUGUCAAAAUUUCUGCAUGCUGUUUGAAUAUCUUUUACAAAGUUUAAACCAAUAGUGGUCAUUGAGUAUCCAAGAAUAAGAGAAUUGCUGUUAUUUCUGUGCUUCAAGCAGCCCUGGCAAAUGACAAAAUUGAUGACCAAUCAUGUUUUUUUCCGUUUUGAGCUUGUGAGUUAAGGUUAACCUAUGUAUGUAUAUGAAAAUGUUGACAGAACAUUGAGAACAAUAUAGAUAAAAUGAACAUAUAUAUCACUAAUAAGAGAAAAUGAUGCACAAUCCCAAGUCAUCAUUAAAAUCUAAACUGCAAAAUUUCAACAAUUUCUUCCAGUUUAUUGACAACUAAAAAACAGGUAAGAGCUUAGAAAAUCUUUCAAGAAUGUUUAUUCAAGUAUAUCUUUGCCGUUUUGUUUUCCCUUUUUAUCGUUGCAAAGUAGAAGAAGUACAUGAUAUGUAAAAUUAUAUAUAUCUAUACUAUAAGAACAAAUGAGCCUAGGUUGUGCUCACUACAAGUGUACCGUUAAGGUAUUCUGUUAUUUACGUUACGUUCCCAAGUAUGUACAAUCGUACGUUGUUAGGUCAUUGUACAUAUUCCCCAAAGUGUGUGUUAUGUGAAUACCUAAUUAAGAAUGAAUGAAUGAAGAAUUGAGAAUUAUUUACAUGUUAAAAGUUGGACGUUACAACUUUAUACAUAUUACAUAUGUAUUCUACUGAUUAAAGAUUAUGUUCGUCAGCGGAGUGUAAUAA